AUGACAACCGUCCGAUCAAAUUCAACUCUUGUCUUCUUCUUCUUAAUCCUCCUAAUCACACCCUCCCAAUCACUCUCAUUCUCUUCUUAUUUCCGUUUCCGAGAAUUCUUCUCCCUCGCACACUCCAUUUUCACCGGCGUCGCAAACCUCCGUGCCGCCAGAGGCGAUGUCGCCGGCGCCGAAAGAGCCAGGACAAUCGCAAACAGUUUGGAGAAGGUCACUAGCUUUGGAUUCUUGAAGCUCGUGUGGUCCGCUUGGUCUUGGAACUGGUUCUUGAAGGAACUCCCGUUCAAGGAGCUCUAUGGUGCCGUUUCUGACAUCAACGAGUUUCUUAGGGGUUUGAAUGAGUUGACUCGUUUGGAAUCGGCCGCCGAAAGGGCUGUUUGGCUCACGAGAAAUUACCAAAAUCUCCUCACCGUUACGAAAUCGCUGUCUCGCAAACUCCUCAAAGCGUUUGGUCAAUCGGAAAUGGUGAGGGAAAUAGUGAAGAUUCUGCGAAUUGAGGUUGUGGAAGGUGGGUUAAUCAAAGAUUGUCUUUUACUUGGUGGCAAUGAUUUGAAGGAUUUGAUCAAAGUUGCCAAGGAUUUAGUAUUACAAUUUUUUCCUAUGAAUAAUAAAAACUAUGAGCUAUAA